AUGAAUCCGAACAUUCACCGCAUCGCAACCUGCGAGGAGACGGAGAGCCAUCCGAUGAUCAGCUCUGGGUGUCCUGUAUCACAUGAGCUGCUCGUGCCUCUGGGGUACAGUGCUGCUGCUUUGUGGCGCACAAACGAGCUGGGAUAUACAGGACGCGAAUGUCACGAGAUCACAGACCGCCAAGCCAGCAUUCACGAGAGAGUUUACGCACACCGAUACUCCCCGCCUGAGGCUGAGCUUAGACCCUCCCCGUUUCCUGUCCACCUUGUCUCAACUAGGCACUGCGACGGUGCGAGCCAGGAAAUGAUUUUCGGCGGUGUGGAUAUAGCACCGACAUCAAUUUUAAAGCUGACUGUAAAGAAGCUAGCCUUACCAAUCGGGUUACAAUCUGUCGUCGCUCACCUCGCAAACCCUGGCCCGGAUAGGAGCACCAGCAAGGGCCCAAAUCUCUUGGAAGACGAACUAAGUUCCAACGGCCUUCUGGAUGCAACGAUCCAGAAGCACAAGGGAUCAACGUCGAGGGGGCUUUCAGCUUCUCCACCAAAACAACCAGCCAUCAAAAUGCAGUUCUCCAUCAUCGCUCUUCUCUCCAUCGCCUCUGUCGCUGUCGCCAGCCCGACCAGUCUCAAGGCCCGCACCCAGCAGCAGGCAGUCAAUGGCUGCGCUAACCAGGCUAGUGCUGCUUGCUGCAUCACGGAUAACAAUGCUACAGGCGGCAACACGGCCACUGGACAAGGAAACGUGCUAAGCGGCAUAACCAACCUCAUCAACCUUCCGAACCUUGGCCUUACCUGCAACUCCAUCAACUUGAAUCUUUUGUCCUCCGGCUCUAACAGCGGCGUUGACUGCCCCGCCACCCACCAACUCUGCUGUGAAAAGGACGAGUCGGGCAAGGCCAACGCCGACAGCUGCGUCAAACCAACCCACUAA